AUGCGUAAGAAACUCACUGAUACUCUCCCAUGCCACAACGGGGCAGCUUCUUCAUGAUAUGCUUCGUAUCCCAACAUACAAACAGAUGAGUAUCGAGUAGGUAAUUUUUCCAAGCUGAUUGAACCUCAGAGGUUCCGAAUUUCUUCAUGUACGAGUUUAGAGCGUCAAGGUCUUCUCUAGAUAUGAAUGCCCGUCGGACGCAAUUCAGCAGUUCUGUGCACUGUUCUCUCGUCGCUUUAUGAAGAGAUGUCCAAUCGACAAUGA